AUUUAGUUUAACCUAUUCCACGUGGAAAAUAUAAAACAUGAAAAUAAAUCGAUACGUUUAUAGAGUAUAGACGGCCCAAUACUGACCGCAGCGUAUGUUAGCACCGAGCAACAUAGAAGCACACUCCACCACCGGAGACUUUUAUUAGCUUCAAACAAGAAGUGCGAAGAGAUCACCAGUCGAUCGAUAGAGAGACUCGAUCUAUCUAUCUAUCUAUCAAUCAACCAUGGCGGAGGAUUUGGUGUUGGAUACAGCAAUCAGAGACUGGGUACUCAUACCGUUAUCAAUCGUCAUGGUUCUAAUCGGAAUCCUCCGUUACUUCGUAUCCAAGCUCAUGCGUACUUCUCAAUUGCCGGAUGCCAAGAUUAUCAAAGAAGGGCAGGUUAUAAUUAGGGCUAGAAAUCUACGGGCGGCCGCUAAUUUCAUACCCCCAAAGGCGUUUCGUGCUCGGAAAGUUUACUACACUAAUGAGGAAAACGGUUUACUUCAUGUUCCCAAAGGCCAGGGUCAAAAUCCUCAAGCACAAAUGUUGUCUGAUCCAAACAUGGCUAUGGAUAUGAUGAAGAAAAAUCUUUCAAUGAUUAUACCACAGACCCUUACCUUUGCUUGGGUUAACUUCUUCUUCUCCGGAUUUGUAGCAGCAAAGAUUCCGUUUCCUUUGACACAAAGAUUUAGGUCAAUGUUACAGAAUGGAAUUGACUUGAGCACUGUUGAUGUUAGCUAUGUUAGCAGUCGCUCAUGGUACUUCCUUAAUCUGUUUGGAUUAAGAGGCUUGUUUAGUCUCAUUCUUGGAGAGGAAAAUGCCACUGAUGAUACACAACGUAUGAUGCAAAUGAGUGGAUUUGGGUUUGAUCCUUCCAAGAGUUUGGGUGCUGAGAAAGAUGGGCUAGACAUAGUUCAACAUGAGUGGGUCCUACCGAAAUUCGAACAACGAGCUGAAGCUGUGUUGAGAAAGCUUGUCAGCUAAAUAAUUAUACAAGUCUUUAGAUUAUUAUGUUUACUUUUGUUUUUUUGUUGUAGCAAACAAAUCUUAAUAGUUUUCACUGAUAUCUGUUUGUAAUUUCUCAGAACUAAAGAUCGAGUUGUAAUCGUAUUUUAAGCAUUUGGUAAUUUGUUGAACCUUGCGUAUGAUUUAGUGUUGUACUUUUUUAUUCUUGUAUAAGAUUCGACCGAUAUGUGUGUUACAAGUGGAGUAUCAUACAUUGUUAGGGAC